GAAUGCUGCCUCUUGUUUUGUAUCAGUAGAAUGCAUUGUGUCUCCCCAGGCUAUAACUGGCUUUGCUGCAUAAUCCCACGCUCCACCCCCUCUGUGCCCCCCUCCCUUUCUGCUGUCUCUCUGCCUUUCUCUAUGCACUGCUACAGAAGCUUAGGAAGGAGCCCACUUGCACAAAGUAAUGACUGGAAGUAGCAGCAUUCCUGUUGCCUUUUAUAUCAAGGAUUGUACUAAUCCUGCCACUGCAACCAACACUGAGUCUCUGUUUGACAAAAGUCAUUAAUCCAAGAUGGCCUCGAUACCAGGCAACUGCCUCCUUAGGGGGGUUGUUAUCACAGCUCUCCUCAGCUUGCUGAUGGACACCACAAGAGCUAUCACCAUUGAAGUGAUCCCUAAACUUCCAACUCCCAAUUCAGAUGUUACUCUCAAAGUUAAAGGAGUCUCUGGGAUAAUAAGAAGCUUCAGCUGGUACAAUGGAUCGAACCCAAGUGCUUCAAAUCAAAUCUUAAACUAUAUCCCAUCUCUUCAACCACCACAGACCAAAGGACAUAUGUACUUCCCCCAAGCCGAAGGACUGCCAAAUGGCUCACUUCUGAUCAAAGACUUUGUGAAGAAAUUUGAGGGUGUCUACACAGUGCAGAUACAAGCAGACAGCCCACUGCAAGCAUCAGUAUCAGUAACCAUGAGCGAAAAACCAACUACUCCCAAUCAAAACCUUACAUCUUUUACCAAUCCCCCACCAGAACAUGCUACUACUCCCAGCCAACAUGUUCCAUCUCUUUCUAUUACCCCGACAGGCAUUGCUCCUCUUGGGUUAUCGUCUAUUAGUCUGCUUAUGGGGGCACUCUUAUUUUAUACCCUUACCGUCCUCUGACAGUAAACUACAGGAGAAUAAUGCUAAGAAUUUCUGGAGAAUUUCAUUUAAUAUAAAGGAAGAAAGCUCACUAAAAAUCAAAGGACCAGGAAAAAAGAGUAACAAAAGAACCAGCAACCUCUCAUAUUUCAUGAAUUUGGCGUAACAUAAGAGAAUGCGCCAACCUUUUUUUUUCUUUAAAGGUUCUUCAGACCUGUAGAAAAAAACGUCAAGAAGCUUCAAUGAACUUUUUGAGAAACUCUAUGUAAAACGUAUUUCACAAAUCCUACCAAAUAACAGCAGAUCCUAUUAUUUAUUUGUAGUCUAUACUCUCGUAAUGCUUGCUCUUACAUGCCUGGACUGGGACGGAAGGGAUACUAACACAUUGCAGAAUGAUUCUACUGUCACACUACUAGAAUGAUCUAUGCAGAUAGAGGAACAUUCCCAUAGAGGAACAAUGUGUGGGCUGGGGCGGGUGGGUGAUGGGGUAGCACAACAUAGAGAAAUCACAUAAUGGGCUGUUAUGUGCAUGACUAAUGUGAAUUACAAUGUAAGUAUUAUGUAACACAACCAUUAGCCACUAUCCAACAUGUUCAUGUUUUAUUGCACUAAUGAUUUCUGAGCCCAUAGGAGUAUGGGGACAAAUGUAUUGGAGGCUUGAAUAUCAUCCAGUAGCUAUUUAUAUACAGCUCCCUGGGAGACGUCUCUGCUAAUGGUGGGAGUUCAUAGCAACCCUACAAUGGAAACAUAAAAAAACAAAAUAACUCCAGUGCACUCAAUAUAUGAUUUGUGUUCAUGAACCUCCGUUAUUUAUUAUAACAGGCAGUAUUGAAUUAUCUACUGAUAAUUCACCUUCUUUCUCCCAGUAUUUCUAUGUAUUUAUAAUAGUGAGAGCUGCCAUUUUCCUUAGUCAGUACAGUGGCUAUAGCUCCCUGUGGGCACCGAACCUUUCUUCUUUGCAUGUUUGAAUUUAUGCCGUACAGUAUGAGGAUGCAGAUUUUUGCACACUCAGCUUACCUUCUCUGUAUAUAUGUAAUUAUACAUGUGUGGGGGAGUUGCCAUAUUGCAUCCCAUUAUGAGGAUAUAGCUCACUGUUCACCAAAUGCAACUGUAAUUAAUGCAUAUUGGUGGGAGGUGAUGUACUGUUUCAUUAAAAGGGUACAGCAUGAUAACAUGGUUCAUUGUGUGUACAAACAAUGCCACUCUGUAUAUCUGUAUAUAUAGAGACAGAGAUGAGUGGGCGCUGCCACAUUGUUUCCCUAUGUCCAGAUGUUUUUGUAGAUCAGGGGGUGUAAAUGAAUCACUGGUCACUGUCAGACAACGCCACUCAACCACAACCACUUUAUGAAUGCUGCCUGCUCGUGGUCCCCCCCUCUCCUGCCUUAAUUUAAUGCUUGACCUCCUUGCCGGCAAGUUAUUAUAUGGUGCUGCUGUGUGUGUGUGUGAUUGGGUUGCACAGCACUGCCCUCUCUCUUACACACCGGGAACUGCAUUUCCAUUAAACACAGGGCCAUUGUUCCUAGUGGAGCCAACAGCACAACCCCCCCCCCCCCCAAAAGCCUGUGCACCUUAUUAUAGCCAAGAAUAACCAGUAAACACAUGCUGGCACGUACCUACUGAUGGGUUUAGUCGCAAGGCCGAGGAUAGUAGCAAUAAAUACAUUCAUUCAAUUUCAUUGCACUAAGAUAACAUUGAUCUGAAUAAAUGGAAAUAAUGACAGAAAGUGGAGUAUUUAUUUCUUAUACCUCCCAACAGUGCUGGACAAUGUAGGCCUCUGAUUCACCCAACCACACCCCCAUUAAAUCCUAAACCACACCCCCUUUUUCGGUAAGCACCAUAAUUUUUAGGUCCACAAAAAAAGCCUGAACUUCCUAAACAGGAACAAUGAGAAGGUUUGAUUUCUUGUAUAUUUAUGAUAAUGCUGCUGCUGUGUUCCUCGUGCUGAUGUAUGAAAAUGUAAAUAAAUGCCAUUUUAUUAUUAAAGCAUAACAAAUCAAAUCAGA